AUGGAUCGGCGCCAUUUUGAUAGUGACGAUUGAUUGCUUGCAUUGCUAGUCAAAAUUAGCUCGAGCGUUGGCCGACUUUCAAUAAGAAAUUCAUCGAAAUGCUAAGGACGACGCCAGUUAAUCAGAUCAACAAUUGUAUUUUUGUCACGCGCAAUUGGGAACACAACAAUGACGCCUUGGUGGCCGCUGGCGGUGUGUAUUUUGCAAAAAUUAACCUCGACACACGUUUAAGUAGUUUCAAGAAGGCCCACCCCCUCUACGCUCGCCCGCAGCAAAAUAGUCUACUUGGCGAGGCACGCCGUCAAAACGUUUCAUGCCAUUUCCGUACACAAAGCGAUUGAUUCAGUAUCGUUUUGAUUAACGCCACCGCCGUUGAUUGCAGGCGUGAUUUUCGUGUGAUCUCGUUCAGCCACCAACACCAUCGUUCGCCAUGCCUCUUAAUUGUAUGCUACAGAUAUGCAAAGUUACGAGGGCGAGCAAACUCUUCCAAAGGAACUAUUAUCUGCCGUUGAUGCGACCGUUAUCUCCAAAGGAUGCUCUUCGGAGACAUGUACUCACUGGGACAAAUCUAUUGGGUAAGAAAAUGGACCAUUACAUCCCCGUGCUGGAAGAGGUAAAGGAAAGGCAUCAGAGGAGGAAGACUAUGAUCAAAGGUCUUGGUAAAAAGCGACAGCGGAGGAAGACUAACAUGAAGUAUGUAUCGCCUUUUUUUGAUGAAUAUAUGGACGGUCACGCAGAGGUGGAGAACAUCGUUAUCAGGAAACCCAAAGGACGUGGACAAUGGUACACGUAUUAUAUCCCUGAUAAGGAUUGUACGGUAGUGCUUGAUCAUCAGUUUGAAAAGGCAAUUCGCGAUAAAGAUAUUGUUGAUGUGAUCAUUGCCCAAAGAAGUGAGAAAAUCAUCGUUAAACUAGCAACGGGAAGGAAGGUAGCAAUACCGGUAGCUCCAUGGGAUGAGAGAGGUCCAUUGUACAGAGGUGAAGGCUGGACCAGGAAGGAAAUUGAAGAAUACCAUCAUCAUGGUCGUGAAACUAUGGGUUUGGCGAGAUUGUUUGAGGCUAGGGAAGCUGGUGUUGAGGAAUGGGAAAUUGCCCUCAUGAAAAUGGCUUCUAAGAGAAAGACCAAGCACCGCGCAGAACAUAAACCAGAAUUCAAACAGAUUCUUAAUGAAGUCGCUGAAAAUAUGGAUUGGGAGAAAUUUGAAGAAGAAGCAAAGGAGAUUGUCGCAGAAGCUAACGAACCCGUAGAGGAUGAACCUAUUCCGAUGAAAGUAUAUGAUAUGGAAAUGACGAAGAAUGUCAAUGAAAAACUCAAAGAAGGUGGCGAGGAUACACUUUCUAUGCUACCCUUUUUAGAGGACAUCCCAGAAAUUACUAGGUUUAUGCAAGAUGGCGAGUUUACCGACAUGUCUAAUGUAUCCGGUGCGUUGAUUAGCCUCCCCAUCACCGGAAAAGAUGUAUUCGUUGCAGGGCAAAUGGUACAAGCUGACGAUGGUGAGUAUUUUAUGCCUGGGCAAACCAUCGAGGACGAAGAAAAUGAAACUUCCGAAUUCAAGCCGGGUAUUACAUGCAUGAUGGAUGGCGAGCCUCAAUUGGUACAGGGUUUGAUCAUGGGUGACGAUCCACGGCAUCCGAUGUUUUUGCCAGGUGACUCUACUAUUACAGAAAAUGGCGAGCUGCAGUUUACUGAGACUGAGGAAGAUCGUCCUUGGGGUGCCUGGGAUGAACCAGAGGCAGAACCGGAAGCGGAAGUUGAAGAGGCCGAGUUGGAGGAGGAGCAGAACAGCGAGGAAGAAGCUGAGGAGAUGAAACCACCUCCACCACCUCCUCCAAAGAAGGAGUUUAUUUAUGUACGACCCAAGAGAUUAAAGUUGAAUAUCGACUGGGGUGUAAAGAGGAGAGAAAAAGCGCCUAAGAAGCCAAUAAUUUCUUUAGAUAAAGAGAAAGCAUUGGCUGAUAUUAAAGCCAGGCCUAUUUCGGAAAUUGAAGCGGUUGUUUUUGAUAUGACUUUGCCGACAUUUGAAAAGGAUAUUCCUGAACAACGUAAGGAACGUAUAGAAAAACGUACGGAGAAAAAGAGUAUGGAAGAGUACGCAAUCGAUAAGAAGAAGAGAGAAAUUAAAGAAAAGGUAAAGAAAACUAUGGCGGAAUUGCCACAAGUUGAGGAAUACGUUCCUGGGGAGCCAGUGCGCAAGAGUGAGAAACUACACGAAAUCGAACAACAAGUCAAAGAAGGCAGCUAUCUCAAUGACUAUAAAAAAUAUAUGGUUCCGGUGGAGAAGUCUACUAGAUUCAAUUGGAAAGAUCCAGUGGAGUUUGAAAUCUUGGGCAAAUCUGUGGGUAUUCUCAGACACAAAGUAUGGCAGCGAGCGGGAACCAUUAGGAAAUUAACCAUCCCAACCGGACACAAUCACAAGAUGGCGACCGCACCCAUCACGCCUAAGGCAAUCAGAGUAGCGCCUGGUGGAAAACGUAAAGUGUACACCACGCUUUCAAAACCGCCCAUGGAGGUAGGUCAUCGCAUGAAACACAAAGAAGCUAACUAUCGCGAUCCGUUGGAUCUUCAUGAAGGGCUUGGUGGACACACCGACUACGACCUAUCAAUUCCCACCUUUGAGAAGGAUACCAUCGAACAAGAAAAAGACCGUCUUGAUAAAAUCAAGAGUGGCCGCUCCAACAAGGAUUGGGAACUGGAGAAGAAAAAAAUGGAAAUCAAGAAAAUGGCACGAGAACUCACCAAGGAAAAACCCAGCACCAAGUAUGAAGAGAUGGAACCCGUCAAGAAGACCGACAAAUUGCAAACAAUGGAAAAGAACAUCAAGAGUGGCAAGUUCUUCGACGUGGAUCACAAACGGUUCUUGAAGACAGGACGCGGGCGUCCUACAUCCUAUGAAAAGUUUGAUUAUACCAUACCGCGAUUUCCCAUCGAGUACGUGCUGAAAGACGCCAGCAAAACCAGCAAAAUGCCGAUCAAUUUUAUGCUGCAGAUCUGCAAAGUGACGAGGGCAAGUAAACUAUUCCAGAGGAACUUCUAUCUGCCCUUGUUACGACCACUGUCACCCAAAGAUGCACUCCGUAGACAUAUUAUUACCGGUACAAAUAUUCUUGGUCAAAAGAUGGAGCAUUACAUCCCUGUAUUGGAGGAGUACAAGGAACGUGUGCAAAGGAGGAAGCAUAUGGUGAAAGGCGCGGGUAAGAAGCGGCAGAGACGAAAAAAAGAUAUGACAUACGUGGCACCCUUCUUCGACGAAAAUAUGGAGAACCAUUCAAUGUUGGAGCAGUAUAUUCAGAGUAAGAAAAAGGGCAAAGGACAAUGGUACACAUAUUAUGUGCCUGAUAAGAAUUGCACCAUCGUGUUGGAUCAUCAAUUUGAAAGGGCCAUCCGUGAUAAGGAUAUUGUUGACAUCAUCAUUGCACAAAGAAGUCAGAAGAUUGUGGUAAAGCUAAAGAAUGGUAAGAGAAUUACGAUGCCCAUUGCACCAUGGGAUGAAAGAGGUGCGUUGUAUAGAGGAGAAGGAUGGACAAAGAAAGACAUCGAGGAGACUCAUCAUCACGGUAGGGAAACUAUGGGUCUGGCAAGAUUGUUUGAGGCUAGGGAGGCGGGUGUAGAAGAAUGGGAAUUGGAACUGAUGAGGAUGGCAUCCAAGAGGAAGACCAAGCAUAAGGCUGAGCACAAACCCGAAUUCAAAGAGAUUCUUAAUGUUGCUGCUGAAAAUAUGGACUGGGAGAAGUUUGAAGAAGAUGCGAAGGAAAUUGUGCAAGAGGCUAACGAUCCGGUUGAAGAUGAACCAAUUCCGAUGGCUAUAGAUAACAUGGAAAAGACGAAAAAUGUCAAUGAAAAACUUAAGAACGCCGGAGAGGAUGUGCUCUGUAUGUUGCCUGAGAUAACAGACAUCAAGGAAAUUCUGCAAUUUAUGCAAGAUGGUGAGUUUACCGAUAUAGCUGAAGUUUCGGGUGUGGAGUUAUCAUUGCCACUGAGUGCAAAAGAGGUCUUCGUUCCUGGUCAAAUGGUAUCUGGCGAAGAAGGUGAAAUUUUCAUGCCUGGACAGACUGUCGAUAAACUGGAUGAAAACGGUGAAUUUGAAGCCUCUGAGUUUACCCCAGGUAUUACUGUUCUUAUGGAUGGUGAACCUACCUUACUGCCUGGUUUGGUCAUGGGUGACGAUCCAUCCAAACCAAUGUUCUUGCCAGGAGAUUCCACCAUUACAGAAUCCGGUGAAUUACAGUUCACAGAAACUGAUGAUGAUCGUCCAAGAGGUGAAACUCCACCACCACCAGAGGAUGAAGUCGAAGAAGAAGAACUCGUUGAAGAGCAAAACAGUGAAGAUGAAGCUGAAGAAAUGAGACCACCAUCACCUGAGUACAUUUUCAAGCCACGUAAGAAGCACAUGAAAGCUCAACGUAAACCGCAAACAACAUUGGACGAUGUAACGUUGACAGGCGAAGGUAGACAGAUUCUAGAAAUUGAACCUGUUUUGUACGAUAUGACAUUGCCCACAUUUGAGAAAGAUCUCAUGGAGCAACAAAAGGAAUGGGUUGAAAAGCUCACAGAAAAAAAAUCUAAGGAAGAAUAUAUGCUUCAAAAGAAAACCAGAGCAAUGCGUGAACGUGCUAAGAACUUAGUUGAGAAUCUUCCACAAAACGUUGAGUAUGUUCCCCAGGAACCUGUUGAAAAGAGCAGUGAGCUUGUCGAACUAGAGAAGGAUAUCAAGGCCGGCAACUUCUUCGAGAUCGAUCACAGGCAAUUCCUCGUGAUGGAGAAAGCGCCGCGCCUCAAUUGGCGCGAGGGGUACGAUUACUCAAGCACGUUCGAUUCGGUGGGGAUAUCGCGACAGAAGGUAUGGCGAUCGAAAAAAGAAAACGUCAAAAUGAUUAUGAAUUAUGUGUUGUCGUUUUGUAAAAUUACCGCUGCGAGUAGAAUCUUUUCGCGUAAUUUUUAUUUGCCCUUAUUAAAACCCAUCACACCCAAAGAUGCAUUGCGCACGUUCAAGAUCACCGGCAAGUGGUUGCUGGGUUCAAAAAUUCAGCACUACAUUCCUGUGUUGUACAAUCAUAAAAGAAAAAGGUCGAAGAGAAUUAAAAACUUUGGAAAAGUGACACAUAAGUACGACGAUAGUUUCACGUACAUGGGGCCUAUGUUCGACGACGACAAUGAAAGUCACCGCAAACUAAAAGGUAUUAUCGAAGCAAAACAUCCAAAUGGGGCAGAAGAUUCUUGUUACAUCUACACUGUUGAUGACAAGAUGACGAAUAUAGUGUUCCCAGGCAAGUUUGAGUUAGCUAUCCAAGAUGGUGAUAUCAUUGACAUUUUAAUCUCACAAAGUGAUGAUAAAGUACUAGUCAAAAUGAAAGAUUUUAAAAAGAUCCCUUUACCAUUGCAAUAUUACGACAAAGACGAUCUUAAUGGUAAUCUGGUCAAAGGUGAAGGUGCUACAACUGUAGAAGAGGAAAAAUUUCACCAUCACGGUAAAAUGACAAUGAAACUUGCGAAAAUAUUUGAAGCUAAAGAAAUGGCUGAAGAAUGGGAGCAAGAAAUGAUUAAAAUUGUUGCUAAGAAGAAGAAACAGAAAGGAGAAGGUACCAAGGAAUGGCAAGAGAUGGUAUCACAGACAAUUGAGAAUAUUAACUGGCAGCAGUUUGAAGUAGAAGCCAAAAAAGUAAUUGAUCAGAUUUGGGAACCUGCUCACGAAGAACACAUUGGUAUGGUUGUUGAAGAUUUGGAAAAGACCCGCAAUGUCCCAGAAUUCUUCAACAAAGCCGGUAAUGCACUUUUGUGUUGUUUACCUACUCUGACUGAGAUACCAGACGUUGUUAAAAAUAUGGCCACCGCAGUUUAUGAAGAAUUAGAAGAUGAUACAGGUAUGCAUCGUGUAAGUGGUGUAAGGGUUACUUUGAGCAGUGGGAAGGAAUGUUUUAUAACUGGUCAAAUGGUCAAAACUGACGAGGGAGAUGUUUUCAUCCCUGGACAAACAAUUGAAAACGAAUUUGGUUUAUCUUAUGCUCCUGGGAUGACUGUCAUGUUAGAUGGUAAACCCCAGUUAAUCAAAGGAUUGAUAAUGGGUGAAGCAAGCGGAGAAAAUGGUGGAGAGCAAAAACCAAUGUUCCUACCAACAGAAUCAUCAAUCACAACCGACGGGGCGUUAACUUUCUGUAGGAAUCCGGAAGAGUUAUCCAUGGCACAACCGCACAAAAUCUUCGUCAAAAGGAAGAACAAAAAGAAGAAGAAGAAGAAAACGAACGAAGUGAACGAACUAAAUGGAGAACACAAUGUUCCAGAAACUGACGUCCAGAAAACUGAGCAAAUAAAACAAGAAACUGAGUUAGAGUUGCUCAAAGAAGUGGAAAGCUUCCAAGUCGUUGUAAAUGAUUUAGACGUGAUCGCGGAAGGCGAGGAGCCCACCGACGAGCAAACAGAUCAAAACGACGACGAUCAUUUAGCCUACGAUAUAAUACCAGUGAUUGAACCUAUCAUCACUGUAGAAGCCAUCACAGACGCUGAAAAAACACAGUCCGAAGAAGAUUUAGAUGAGUUUAUCAAAAUGGAAAGAUUAGUUGAGCUUCAAGAAUUACAACAACUAGAAUUAGAACAAUCUAAAGUCCACGAGAUUGAAGAAACACAACUUACAGAAUCAACUAAAGCUGGAGAAGAGUUCAGUUUUAAGAAUCCUGAUGAUGGUAUGGAAAAACUAAUUGGUAAUCUAGAAGACAAAAAGUCAGAACUUCAAGAAAAACUCGAAGAACUGCGAAGACUCAGUGUAAUUUUAGAAAAUUCUGUUACUUACAUUCAACCAGUUGACGCAGAAAACUUAGCAACACAAAUAACAUCCGAUGAAGAUCAACAGCACAAAAUUGCAGAAAUUCUGUUUACGUUAUCAAGACGUGCGUACAUGUUCCGAGAACGAAUGAAUGUGAAUAUCAAGAAUAUACAUAACCUCAGUGUUUACUCUGACGCAGAGAAUACCAAAUCAUCUUUUGCAGACAUCGAUGACAGGUUUGAUCAAGCUUCAAUAAAACUAAAGCGUACGUUAAUGUCCGCUCUAUUUGCUGCCAAUGAAGUAUUCAAAACUCGUCCAAAAGAUCAACAGUUAGCUUUGAAGACCUUAGCAACAAUCAUACAGAAUGAAAUAGGCAAUGAUAAAGACAUAGAGGAGUUAUGUACUGUAUGGAUGGAUAGAGAUGAAGUUUGUUCAGCUGCUUUGAGUAUGCUUACACAAAAGGUACGAGAAUGUAAGGUUGACCUACUGAAUCAACUUGCAGAUGAGUUUGAAGCAGAAAAGUGUACGGAUAUUCUCGAUUGUGGCAGCGUACUGGCGGUAGCGAUCAAGAAACUGUCCAAAAAUAGCCCGGAGGUGCGUGAAGCUCUUCAGCUGGAACUACAGACGAAAAUAGACACGGUCAAGACUGAGUGUGAUGCCAAGGAAGCUCUACAACUUUCCAUACGUGACGCGUGCACUGCUUACGCUGAGGAAUUGUUGAUGCACUUUAACAUUCAUGAUGAAUUUGAAUAUGAUGAGGUUACACAGGAAGCUAUUGGAUUAGCAGGUACCCUAGGGCUGUAUGAAGUUCAAGAGGUGCUUGGCAAUAGGAAGGAAGUUCUUAAGCUGUUAAAAAGAAAAUCGGUCGGUUGUGAUAAAGCGAGGGACUUUUUACAAAGAUUCCUUUUGAUUAGGGAAUUAUGUCAUAAAGAUUAUUCUGUAAAAUCUUCAUUGGAACGCAUUCGUAAACACCCGGAAUGUGGUCGGAAAGAUCCAAGAAUAAGACAAUUGUUGAUUGAAAGCGCGUGUCUCAUGUCAAAGCAACGUGAUCUUCGAAGUUCGUUAGAAAUACCGUUGCAAUUGUUUAAAGAACAGAACUUUUUGGCAAUUGAAGAUAGUGUUUAUCUACGUGCAAGAGUAGACGCCCCGAUUGUCAUCAGUCGUAAAGGGAUCCAGUGUGUUGUGCCAAAGGAAGCAGCGAAGAAUGUGUUGGCUGGACGGGUUGCCUAUACACUCAUCGACGAAAGCGGCGUAACCAACUUCAAGCCAAUGCACAUGUUCAAGAUGGCACAUGGUCGCAAGAAUAAAAACUAUGUAGGUGGCAGCACUGAUAGUAAUGCACCGUAUCUCAGAGAUUCAACGACGCCGAUGAGCCCCUUGCUGAAGGGACUCUACGGCCGGUGGGCCUGAAAUCAUGCGGGAAGAGGAACUGGAGGUGGCCCUCAAGGUGGUUAUCGUAGGAAAUGGCGGCGUUGGCAAAUCUAGCAUGAUUCAACGUUAUUGUCGCGGCACGUUCACCAAAGACUACAAGAAGACGAUAGGCGUUGAUUUUCUCGAACGACAAAUUGA